GCCAUCACUUCACAUCCAAACAAGCCAAUGGAGCUCGACGAGCAAGCCUUCUUAGAAGAUCUCCUCGCCCUCCGCCGCCCGGACGCUUGGGAUUCUGGCGAUCUCUUCGGCGCCGAGCAAAUCCAGCCCUUCGAUUGCUUCUCCGACGCCCCUUCCAUCUACCCGCCCCUCGACUGCUUCAAUACGGACGCUUAUUGCCAAAUGCUCGCCGGCGGCGGUAUGUGCGCUUACUACUCCGCCUUCCCUCCCGACAUUCCGCCGGCUAUUCCUCCAGAAAUGUCUUGCAAAGUGGAGUUGCCUUCGUCGGCGGCGGUGACGGCGACGGCGACUGAUGCGCCGCCAACCACGGUGGAGCGGAGGAAGAAGAAGGUAGAUGGCAUGCCAUCUAAAAAUCUAAUGGCGGAGCGGCGAAGGCGGAAAAGGCUUAAUGAUCGACUCUCGAUGCUUCGAUCUGUUGUUCCUAAGAUCAGCAAGAUGGACAGAACAUCGAUAUUAGGGGACACCAUUGAUUAUAUGAAGGAGCUGCUUGAGAAAAUCAAGAGAUUGCAGGAGGAUACAGAAGCAGGUGGAGCUGAGCAAGCCAAUCUUCUUGGCCUUUUCAAGGACCUAAAUCCCAAUGAGAUCUUAGUAAUGGAUGUUCAUGGCUUCCAGUUCGACGUCGAAAGGCGUGAGGGCGAUACGAGGAUAGAGAUAUGCUGCGCGGCGAAGCCGGGAUUGCUGCUGUCGACCGUGAACACGCUGGAGGCGUUCGGCCUUGAUAUCCAGCAGUGUGUUGUCAGCUGCUUCAAUGACUUUGGAUUGCAGGCUUCUUGCUCUGAGAAUAUGGAGCAGAGAGCAGUGAUGAGCUCUGAAGAUAUAAAACAAGCUUUGUUUAGGAAUGCAGGCUAUGGAGGAAAGUGUAUGUAGGAGAGGAAGGAAGAAGAUGGAAGCCAUAUUUGUUGGGGAAUAAUUGGGAACAGUGGUUAGCUGGUUUUCCUCCAUAAACACUGUACUGAUGUUAAUUAAUUGGAUUUUAGCAGGAGGAUAAAGGUGAUUAAUAUGUUAAUUACGUUUGUUAAUUAAUUAUUGAUUACCUUUUUGAUCUGUA